AUGGCGUCUCGUGGAGGGUUUCUUGUCGGAGAGGGUGUUCUGCGUCGUAAAAAUAUUCCCAAGAAAUCGAACUUCACUACCUUGAAACACAAUAAACCAGCGACGAAGAAAAAGAAGAAGCCAGAAUGGGAUAGCACCGUCAAURACUUAAAUGUGUACAAAGCUACCCAAGAAGAGUUGAAACGAAGACAUGAAGUUCACAAGUCUAAGAAUGUUGGUCUCAAGAAGACAACAGCUGAUAAGGAAAAUGAAAAUUUCAUUGUUGAAACACCUGAUGAUGGCAAUGCGAAAAGAAAACAAGCCAUCUUACAAGAAAUCUUGUAUGGACAAGACGAGUUUCAGGAGGUUUUGGCUGAGACUGACAGGACAAUGUCUGCCGUAAAAGACAUAUUUGGUGAUGACCCCAAGAAAUUUCUUGGAUUUCCAAACGUCACAGUAGCUCCAAAUAUUGCAGAUGAGACUUCUGAAAGGUUAAAGACUGGUCCAUUUGCAGAGGUUCCAGAGACACCCACCCACUUAUCAACCUUGAGUGACUCCGUUAUGAGGACACCUGCACUCAAUGAAAUGUCCGAUGAAAGUGACAUGGGUGACAGCUCUCCUGAGGACAUGCACGGGCAGUCUACCACUUUUGAGCCCAGACUGGACUUGCAGAGAUACAGGCAGUUUAUCUCUUAUGAAGCAGGUACUGGUAAUGAGCAACAACAUAUGAUACCAGAACCCAGUGUAGAAGGAUCACAGAACUGUGGACUGGAUAAGGUUCAGUCAAAUGAUACUGCGCCAGUGACAGAUCAAAAGCCAAGUGCACAGCUUAGGCCAAGUACAAAUGUUCCUCAUCAGACGUCUGCUGUAUCUACAACAGCCAAUCAGAUUCCUUCUAACGAGAGGCAGAUUGACAGACCCCUUGAAAAGGCUGAUAUUUCUAAGAAGCAAAAAUCUAAGGGCAAACAAAGGGCAAAAGACACCAGCAUGUCAUCAAACAGUGGGUUACGGAGUCUAGAGGAAUUGAAACAGAUGGUUGAAAGUCUUGAGGAUGAAAUAGCACAAUAUGAAGUGGAAACUGGACGGCAACCCACAGCAACAAUAUUACAGACGAAUAGUUUUAGUGGCUACACAUCCUCAUUGAUAACUGCUGUUACAAAACUGAUGAAAUAUUUGAAGGAGACAGAAGUUCACCGAAAAGCUGAGGCAGUGUUAAGAGACCAGAUCAUCCAGGGAUUUGAAGAACAGAGGGCAUUGACUGAUGCUUUAACCAAUGAUAUUGUGCGAACGCAAGAACAAAAUGUCACUUUGCAAAGUGAAUUGCAUGCAUAUAAGCAAAGCACAGACCAGCAGCUGAAUUAUUUACAGAGAGAACUUCAGGUUGUAUUAAAAAGCUUUGAAUACCACACUAUACAAAGUACAAUUGACACUAUGAAAAGCACCAAGCCAGUUCCUCUACCACAAAUAUAUGUUAACGACAAUUCUAAUCAUCCAACCAAGGGAGAUUAUAUCCCAGUAUCUGCAGAAUAUGACAAACCUUACCAUCGAACAAAUCACCAGGGUGUCAAUGGUAGUUCUACGACAGUAUCAACUUAUGGCAAUAAUGGUAUUAUUCCUCCAGCCUCAGCACCUUUACACACAAACCAACAAGUUACAAGUACCUCACAUAUGCCAAAUACACAUAUUCACAUAGAACAUCCUUCCUACGUCAAUCCAAACAUGGACAAUUUUACAGUAUCAGAACCCACCUCAAAUAUCAAUGGCUCCAUCACAUCUGAAUCAUCAUUGCAUCAUAGCGGCAAAGAGACACAUGUCAAUCAAGAAAGGUAUGGUGUCCAGCAACGUUAUUCUACCAGAGGUCAAAGCAGCAAUAGUGACAUGCAAUCUGAUUUGACUAGCUUUCCUUCUGACCCAUUGAUGUUUCCUGGCACAAAUCCAUCAUUGCCUGGCUUCCAGGAAGGGCAAAGCAAUUAUCUCAAUGUGGUUCAAGGAAGAAACCAUGAAGUUCAAACUAACAGCAAUAGUUUACMUUCUGAUCCAUUGGUGUAUCCUGGCAUGAACCCACAUGUUMAUGACAAAUUGCCUGGUUUCCAGGAAGGCCAGGGCCAUUAUUCUAACAUGCCGCAGCUUAGCAAUAAUGAAAUUGAAACUAACAGCCAAAGUUUGCCUUCUGAGACAUCUCUAUUUUCUGGUUUAAGUUCACAUUUGGACCAGGCAUGGAGCAGAGUUAAAGAAAACCAGAAACGUACCAUCAAGGUACACCCUAAAAAAUCACAAAUUAUGGAUUUAAAUCAAGGUUCAGCAGUCAUUGCUCAACAUGGAGUUGGAGCUAGUUCAAACAGUACAUCAAGUGGUUCUCUGGGUGGUGUACCCAUCCAUUCCCAUGAUUCUUUGCAAAGUUAUACUGGUGAUAGAAUAUAUAAUGGUUCUGUGCAAAUAAAUGGUGUACCCAAACAUUCCCCAAAACCUUUGCAAAACUAUAGCGACAAGGGAUAUCAUGGCUCUGUACAAAUGCAUGGUGUACCAACAGCUUCCCAUGAGUCUCUGCAAAUUUUAAAUGAAGAAAAGCAAAUUCUUCCCUCGUCUGACAGACCUCACAGGGCCCAAGAUUCUAUGCCGGAGUCUGAGGAGUCCUUUCUUGUGAGGUCAUUAAUUAAGGACCCACAAGCCACAAGAGAGUUGAGACACAGGCUCCAUGGUAUAGCAAUGAAACAGAAGAAUAAUGUUGCUGCAUUGAAGACUGCUAUUAACAGUAGGAAUAGUAAGAUGGAAAGGUCCACAAAUGGUCAACCAUCUCCCCAUGUUCACUUCAAGCUUCCAUUAGAGGUGCCAAAUCCACAGGGACUUAAUCAAGUAGGGCUACCAGAGAAAUCUCCAAGUGUUUCCCCAAUUUCAGAAGAGGCCCCUGUAAACACGGGCCUAAGAAAAGGAAGACAAGUAGUCGUAAAUCUGCCGUCAGUUUGGUCUGAUGUAUCUUCAAUUGUUUCCAUAUAGUGCUUUGAAAUAUUGAAUAUUAAAUACAAUCUGAGCAAUCUACACAGGAAGCCCAUGAAGACAAGUGUGGCCAAGCUGAAAAAUAUAGUGAUAAUAUUACAGGGUGAUAUCUUAUUGUGUUCACCCUGACAAAGUUAAUUUACAUGUAACCUUUAUGGAAAGCGAGAAAUAAGUUUAAAAGAAACACAACUUCAUAGAGUGGUUUUCAUUAACCCGUGAAACACACUUUAGCGUAUUUAUCGCUAUUACACUUUGGCUCUUUUGUUUUUUAUUGUCUCUACGCGACUAUUACAAUCUAUUACGUUCUAAUUAUUACACUUUGUUUCACGAGUUUAUGAAAACCACAAAGUCAAAGUCACUUAUGAUCAUAACUAAUGAUGGAUCUGCAAGAGGAGUUAUUCAUAAAACCUAGAUGGUUGCAAGAAUGCAAAGGCAUAGUGCUCAAUAUCUAAUUUGUACAUAUUCAUUUGCAAUUUUGCUUUACAUUAGUGCUGUAAAAUGCUAAAUUAAAGGUGCAUUGUAAAAAUAUAAAAAAUAAUUAAAAUCUAGUGAAACAAUACGAAAAUAAACACGUACAGUGUAUGUAUGAAACAGUUUCAUGUGCAUUUGUCCCGAGAUAUAAACACAAAUGGGAGAAAUGGGAGAGAAAAUAGGAGAGA